CCCCCUUCCUGAGGAGAGACCAUGACGACAUUUAUAGGGUCCUUUGUAGCAAACAAAAUUAGCUUGAUAGCGUUGAUUUCUCGCAUUAGACAGAGAACACUAAACACCGCAACUUAAGCUAAAGACCUGAUAUCAGACAUGGACCCAAACUACAGUAUAGGGGAAGGAAAGGUAAACCAAUUGGGUGGCGUGUUUGUCAAUGGUAAGCCCCUUCCUCGCACUGUUCGAGAACAAAUCAUCAAAAUGGCUGAGAACAAAAUCCGUCCUUGUGACAUCAGUCGAUAUCUUAGGGUAUCCCAUGGAUGCAUCAGUAAAUUGUUAGCGAAAUACCAAGAGACUGGUUCUAUUGAGCCCGGUAAAUGCAAGAAAAGAAAGGAAAGAGAAGAAGACACAGAAUAUGACGGUGAAGUCAUGGAUGACCGUUUGACAGGGCGCAAUGGAAUAAAACAUGGCUGGCAAGAAGGCUUCUCUGAGAAAAGACCAACAGAAGCAAGUGAGAAGAGUUCAAAGAAUACCUGUGCGUUCUCCAUCGCAAAUAUCCUCGACCUUAAUAAAGACAGUCAGUCGGGCCAAGACAUCGUUUAUCAUAAUUUUGGGCAAUUUGGUAAGGACAUGAAAUCSUCCUCUCUAGACAAUACAAAUCUACCAAACAAACCAUUGAUUCACUACCAGAGAAGAAAUCGUACAAAGUUUUCAACGAAGCAGCUAGAAGAGCUUGAGAAAACMUUYAAUGAGAUGCACUAUCCCGACAUAACAACUCGAGAAGAUUUGGCCAAAAGACUUAACGUCCCUGAAUCUAGGGUCCAGGUUUGGUUCUCUAACAGACGUUCCAAAGGUAAAAGGAAGCAACGCUCACACGAGCAAGCUCACAGCCUUUCUCCGCGUUACUACAUUCCUUCGACGUAUGGUCAGCAAAGUAACGUGGUAGCACCAAUCAUUCGAUACGCAACUCCGUAUUCAAACCCUUAUAGUCAUUAUGUACUGUAUGAACAUCGUUACAAUAACAUGUAUUAACGCCGAAAACAAKGUUUUUAAUGAUGAUUUACACAGUGAAGAGUUUUGCCUUUUAAMUAUACAAAYYCGCGGCAUAUGCCAUGUAAGGCAAGACUCAGUGACCUCACAGAAAACACUGUWUUCCUCUCUGCUUGGGAUUCCUGUUUAUAAAAUGAAAAGCGUGGGGCGACAAGGAGUCCUUAGUCCCCUGUCAUCAAAGCCAUUAGAAAGGUAGCCCAAGGAUGAACAUAUGAGGAGCAUCAGGCAAUGACUAACUUUACAGUGCACUGUGUCAAUCAAUACCACACUAUCACAUCCGCAUGUGUAAUGUUCCACUAGGGUAAACAUCUUUCAAAAUGCGUAACAUAAAUGUAGACGGGGGAUUGUGACUUACAUACAAUAAAUUUAGAUAUUAUUUGCUUCUAGAGAUAAAAAGAACCAAGUGGACUCCACAAACCCGUGAAAGAGAUAUUAGAGUUACGAUGUUAGUAGCCAGUUUUUUUUCUUAUUUGACGCAGUUUCUACCUUAAUGUUUCGUUUCGUGGGUUUAAUAUUUCCACUCUAAAGAUGUAUUUAUGCGGUAAUAUUUAUGAUAUUAUAUGAAAAUAAAUAGAUCAGAAUACAAUUAAGAAAAAGAGGACUUUUGCAGAUGAUGCAUACAAUAUAUACAAUCGCUAUUUCAAUAAUCCUUAUAUAUCAAAACGCCACUGGAAACUCCCCAACUGCACUUGAUAUUUCACGGGUUUUUAUGAAAACCAAUGUCGUGUACUUUCGGCAACUAUAUUUUAUUCAUGAAUGUAUAACCUGAUAACUUGUAAAGUUUGUCAAUUAUCUGAUGAUUUCAAAUAACAACGUUCAACUA